AUAUUCGUGGUCAAAUACGUAGGUGGUGGUACGAAGCCAAGGAACGGUAAUGAUCGGUACGAAAAUCAAAAUAAGGUAAAACAAAAAACGGCAUAGCCGUUAGCCCUGUGGCUGUGAAACCAUAUCCUCAACAAAUUUGGCGCGAGGACGCAUUCACACUAAGUAUCCUUGCGCUGCCGACUACUGCGUGGUAUAUCAUGGGAAACAUUCUUAUGGUGGCUGUGAUUAACUUCUAUGUUCAAUGUUUCUUUUCCUAUCGUUUAUACGCCCUAUCGAAAUUGUGGUGGAUCGCCGCACCCAUCAUGGUGCUAUAUGUCUUGGGACUAACUGCCGCCGCAGUUGCGACCUACUACAUAUCGACCUCCAGGCUUGGCAAACUACUUCGACGCUGGAUUUCCGUGCAUUAUGCAACCGCUUUCGCGGCUGAUGUCCUACUGUCAUCAUCAACGGCAUGGUUCCUCCUCAAAAACAGAAAAUACGUCAUGCCGCAAACUGCCAGUCUCCUCAACGCCCUAGUUCGCCUCACCUUCCAAACAGCAGUGCUCCCGGCGAUUUGCGCAAUGAUCAAUCUGAUUUUCGUCUACGUACAAAGCAAGAAUGUCGUCAGUGUUUUCAUCCAGGCGCUUCCGAAACUAUAUGCGAUUAGUAUGAUGUGGACGCUCAAUGCAAGACGGGCCAUUCGGGUCGCGUUCUCAAGCAGAGGGAGCGAUGGUACCAGCAAUGAGGAGGCUGUACCUAGAAACGUCGCGAGGACAAGAGGAGAUGAAAUCCCCUUGAGUAAUCUGCAUCCACAUGUCAAGCCGGCAGUCGUCUCCGUGGCUGUCGAGAAUAAGUACAAGGAGAUGCAUGAAGGAGGUAGUAGUAAAUUCCGUGUUACCCCGCCAAUGUUAUAA